AUGGAAAUUUUCUAUCAAGUAGCGAGAACCAUGAAUGAACAAUUGGUGCAAUUGAGAAUCCGUAGAGUGAAAAUCGUAAAAGUCUUGGAUUGUGCUAGUAUAUCUGACAAAGCCAUUAAAUUUCCAUUUGUAAAGGCUAAUGUUAAUACUGGAUGGGCUUGGUAG